AUGACCACCAUCACCAUCACGAGGUCCACGUCCGAUCGCCCAACCCAAAGCAGCUCUAGGACUCCCGACCCGACUUUCUCGUUCCCCGGCACGACCAGCAGCAGCUCGUCCACCGAGGGAGUAAGUUACUCCUCAUGCCGGGGCAUCACCUGCUUGACCGAAGACCCAGAGCCGACGCGUGGUGGUGGUGGCGGUGGUGGUGGUGGCGGUCGAACGACAACCAAACCAGACCGGCCGAUCACGACCAUCACCAGCUCGUCCACCGAGGGAGUAAGUUACUCUUCAUGCCGUGGAAUCACUUGCUUGACCGAAGACCCCGAGCCGACGCGUGGCGGCGGCGGCGGCAGCGGCGGUGGUGGCGGCGGCGGUGGAGGUGGUGGUGGCGGUCGAACGACGACCCAACCAGACCGGCCGAUCACGACCAUCACCAGCUCGUCCACCGAGGGAGUAAGCUACACUUCCUGCCGGGGCAUUACCUGCUUGACCGACAACCCGGAGCCGACGAGCUCGGAGCGUGGCGGCGUAGGCGGCGGCGGCGGCGGCGGCGGUGGCGGUGGUGGCGGCGGCGGCCGAACGACAACGCAGCCGGACCGGCCAACCACGAGCAGCCAGAGGGAACCGCCAACGUCAUCUAGGCAGUCGACUAGCCGGGGUGGAGGAGGUGACGGUGGAGGCGGUGGCGGCGGCGGUGGUGGUGAAGGAGGAGGAGGAAACAGACCAACAACCACCCAGCAGCCCACCCGCUCAACCAGUAGCCAGCGAGAGCAGCCAACCACCAGCCGAGGUGGAGGCGGUGGAGGUGGUGGAGGCGGCGGGGGUGGUGGUGAUAAUGGUGGAGGCCGCAACGGCGGAGGCAACGGCGGAGGCAACAACGGCGGGGGAGGCAACGGCGGGGGAGGCAACGGCGGGGGAGGCAACGGCGGGGGUAACGGGGGAGGUAGCGGGGGGAGAGGCGGCGGAGGAGGUGACAACGGCGGUGGUAACAACGGUGGGGGUAAUGGCGGGGGAGGCAACGGUGGGGGAGGCAACGGCGGGGGUAACGGGGGGAGAGGCGGCGGAGGAGGUGACAACGGCGGUGGCAACAAUGGUGGAGGGAACAACGGCGGUGGGAACAACGGCGGUGGUAACAACGGAGGGGGAGGCAACGGCGGUGGCAACGGCGGAGGGGGAGGCAACGGCGGUGGCAACGGCGGAGGCAACGGAGGAGGUAGCGGUGGGAGAGGUGGUGGAGGAGGUGACAAUGGUGGAGGGAACAACGGCGGGGGUAACGGUGGAGGUAACAACGGAGGGGGUGGCAACGGCGGGGGAGGUAACGGCGGAGGUGGCGGUGAGAGAGGCGGCGGAGGAGGAGGUGGCUCAGGAGGUGGUAACGGUGGGGGUAACAAUGGUGGAGGUAACAACGGGGGAGGGAACAGUGGAGGCAACAAUGGAGGGGGUGGCGGUGGAGGCAACAAUGGAGGAGGCAAUGGUGGGGGGCGUAAUGGUGGAGGAGGCAAUGAUGGGGGAGGCAAUGGUGGAGGCAACAAUGGAGGGGGUGGCGGUGGAAGGGGUGGCGGAGGGAGCGGGGGCUCUGGUGGUGGUAAUAGUGGGGGAGGGAAUGGCGGAGGCAACAACGGAGGAGGCAAUAGCGGAGGAGGAAACGGCGGAGGGAAUGGCGGUGAGAGAGGAGGCGGGGGAGGAGGCGGAGGCGGAGGCGGCGGCGGAGGUGGGCGGACUAGCCGACCGCCAGAGGCUGGGACAGUAGCUCCGGCAGCCACGCAGCUAGCCCUGGUUCCCAGAGCCCUGGCUGUUGCGGAGGCUAUCACCAGCACAGUCUUCGAGACAUCGUAUACCGAGACAAGUACUGUCACCGAGAUCGCACCAGCCCCGACUACCACGGAAGAUGCAUACCACGUCAUCACGUCUGUCUUCAUUCCACCUGAGCAGACGGUCUGCGAUGGAGACGAGAGCCAAUCGACUGUCACGCUAUACUAUCAAGGACCGCCACAGACGGACCACGAAGUUCACUACGUGACGUACAAUACUUGGGUCACCGUCUGGGUAGCGCAUACCCAAUACACCACCUACACGGACUACCAUGCCAUGACUCAGUGUUGGCAGGGAGGUGGAUACUACGGCGUGUAAAUAGCGACCUGGUUGGAGAGCUGCCGCCUCCUGAAAGCAUGUGAAGCGUGCUAUAAAGACGGCAAAGAGACAAGUCUGGGGGUAGCUUGCAGGAACCCAUGUGGCUUCUCUCCAGUUCCUUUAUCCCAGAUCCAAACAUUUCCAGCUCUUGACAGCCCUAGUCUACAUGGACAGCGAUUCUUCAUGCUUCGGGAGGAUAACCCAGCUCUUCUAAUCGCUCGCAAAGCGCCUCGUAUAUGUCAGCCGAGUCCUCGAGUUUUGGUGGCUCUUCAUUGUAGUAGCUUUCGAAACCCCCCUGUGCCAGGUGGACGACAUGAUGGGCUGGGCUAGAUUUGGAAAACUUCGUCCAGGGGCUGAGUGGUAGAAGCGGAAAUAGCACAGCGAGUUUCCAUGGGUAUAUAACUAUAGUUAAUUUAACUAUUUUUCAUGCGUUCUAGUCUUCUCUCUAAUUACAA